AUGGAAAUCAAUAUCUUCAUAGUGCUGACCUGGUUCUUGGCCGGAGCUGUCUUCGCUUCACCAUUGGUGAAACAUAACAAAACUGAAGCACUGAGCAAAAAGCUCAAAGGUACCGACUUGCCUCGCCUUGAGCCCAUUGAUCGUCAUAGGGACUAUCAUAUAUUUCCUCUUGAACCUGGUCUGCUUGCAGCUCCAGCAACCAUAAACACCCCCUCCGUGGCUAGACGCAUCAUACAAAAGAGACCUGAUACCGAAGAGAACGAGCCACAAUUUAGCCAGAUUCGCCAGUCUGGCAACAAGACCAAACAUGAGCAUAAGCUCCCAAAGCCCGACGGCUACAUAGAAGUGUCGCUCGACAAGAUGGAAUAUUCUGAGCAUGAGAAGACUUUUACUGAGGGGCUUCUUAAAACCCUCAAUAAAACUCUGGAACAGACCGAGAAACAAAAUCCCACUGGUCAUACUCAAAUUAUCGAAAACCCCAAGAUGGUGCCAUCCAUAUGGCGUGACUCUGUCAAGUCACACACUGAAGAAGAUAAAGACGAGGACAAGGAACACGAGGAAGACGAAAGUGAGAGUGAGAGUGACAGCGACGACGAGGAAGAUGCCAAAAAGGGUAUUAAGAAAGUAUCCAGAAUGAUCCAGAAGCGAGACGACGACAAGAAGGAGGAGGAGGAGGAGGAGGAGGAGGAGG